AUGAUAGUGAGGACAACGACACUCACACAUACAUGUGACAUCACAACAAGGUCUCAAUAUGGCAAGAAGACAACUUGUAAAGUAAUAGCUGAAGUCUUGAAAUCGAAGUAUGCGAAUGGGAAACUUGGAUCGAGAGCUGUUGGCAUCCCUAAUAUAGUACUGGAUGAGCUACGCGUUUCAAUAAGUUACAUGAAAGCAUGGCAUUCAAAGGAGAGGGCUGUAUUAGCCGCUAGAGGGAGCCCAGAAGAGGGUUACAAGCUGCUUAUGGUUUAUUUGCACCUUCUAAAACAAACAAAUCCUGGUACGGUUUGGGAUGUUGUGAGUAGGAGAGUAGGUGCGUCGAAAAACAAGUUUAAGUACUUGUUCUUUGAUCUUGGCGCCUGCAUUCACACAGCAAAGUUUAUGAGGAAAGUUUUGAUUAUCGAUGCAACGACUAUAAAAGCAAAGUUUCUUGGAUGUUUGCUAACCGCUAGCUUUCAAGAUGGAAAUUUCCAGAUAAUGCCUUUUGGGUUUGCUGUCGUUGACUCUGAGAACGAACAAGCAUGGACAUGGUUUUUCAAAAAACUUGUGUCCAUAGUUCCAGACGCAGAUGACUUGGUAUUUGUCUCCGACAGACACAACUCAAUCUACGCAUCAUUAAGGAAAGUCUAUCCUCUCGCAAAGCAUGGCGCUUGCUCCGUUCAUCUUUAUCGAAAUGUCAAAAGUAGAUAUAGUAGACAGAAAGGACUCGCAUAUUUGGUGGCAAAGGCGGCGUGUGCUUACACAGUUGGCGAGUUCAGGCAAAAGUUUGAUGAAAUCGAGAGGAGAAGUCCUUUGUGUGCGAACUAUCUAAGAGGAAUAGGGAUCUCACACUGGUCACGAGUGUAUUUCCAGGGUAAACAAUACAACAUUAUGAGCAGCAACAUUGCCGAGAGUAUUAACGCUUCAAUGGCUAAAGCUUUGGAGUUCCCUAUUGUUUCAAUGGUAGAAACAAUACGAAUGAUGUUAAUGAGAUGGUUCUAUUGUAGACGUUCAAAGGCUAACAAGCAUCUCGGUCCUGUCACACAUGAGGUUGAGGAGUUACUUCUAAAACAUCUAUCUGAUUCAGCUGGCUUAAGUGUGUCACCAGCCAGCGCAGACAUAUACCAAGUUAGCAACAACCAUGGUAUCUCGUUUACUAUUGAUCUAGACAGGAAGACCUGCACCUGCAAAGUCUUUGAAACACUUGGCAUUCCGUGUUCCCACGCAUUGGCGGCUGCAAGGGUUAAUGGGACUCCAAUACCACGACUAGUUGAAGAGAACUACAAGUCUGAUUUAUGCAGAAACACUUAUAGUGUUGUCGUCAUGCCGGUUCCUGAUGCCGUUGACCACGACAUUCCAGAGGACAUGCUCAAUCCAAAUGGAGUUCCCCCGGAAACAAAUGCAGGGCCAGGACGCCCAAGGAAGAGGAGGAUCCCUUCAAAUGGCGAGGAACAGGCAAUAAAGAGAAGGAAGAUCAGACCAAGCAGGUGCAGCAGGUGUUAUGGGACAGGCCAUAACAGGGCUACUUGUAGGAACCCUAUACCAUAG